GUGUAAAUGAAUGUAGAUUUGUAAUUCUGCUUGUUGGAAAGCUACACUCAAUUUUUAGGAUUUUGGCGGCCACAUGUGAUAUCAAAGGCCUACCACCGGCGGCAUGAAACUAAAGGUAAGUACUUGUGUUGUAGCUACAUUGGCUCAAGGAACAAACGAGGAUGGUUCUGGCGUUAGGAAGCCUUACAUUGUGUACAUGGGAGAACUGCCGGAACCCGGAUCCUCCACCAUGGUCAUGACCACAGCCGGCCAUGAUAACUUGCUCAAGACAGCAAUUGGAGAUGCCGACUUAGCCAGAGUAUCCAAAAUUUAUACUUAUGGAAGGAGCUUCAAUGGCUUCGUAGCCAGAUUGUUGCCGCAUGAAGCAAAGAAACUAUCAGAUGAUGAUCGGGUUGUUUCAGUGUUUCCAAACACCAAGCUCAAAUUACAUACAACAAGGUCAUGGGAUUUCCUAGGAUUGCCAGGAAAUACGAAGAAACGAAACUUGCCAAUAGAGAGCAAGAUCGUAGUGGGUGUGAUAGAUACAGGAAUUUGGCCGGCUUGUCCCAGUAUGAACGAUUCAGGCUUCGGACCACCCCCAAGAAAAUGGAAAGGAAAAUGUAUGAAGGGCGGUAACUUCACCGGCUGUAACAACAAGGUAAUUGGUGCCAAAUACUUCAUGGUGGACGACAUGCCCGGCCCUGGUUAUGAGGACAACGCUAGUCCGGUUGACACUGAUGGUCAUGGCACUCACACAGCCUCCAUUGUUGGUGGUGUGCCCGUCCGAGGCGCCAGCCUAUAUGGCAUUGCAAAAGGGACUGCUCGUGGGGGAGCGCCAUCGUCACGUAUAGCCACGUACAAAGCAUGCUGGACUGGUGGCUGCGGUGACAUGAACAUCUUGGCCGCGUUUGAUGAAGCCAUUGCUGAUGGUGUGGACUUGAUAUCAAUCUCCAUUGGCGGUCCUUCACGGAAUUUCCUCCAGGAUUCCAUUGCUCUCGGAUCGUUUCAUGCCAUGAAGAGAGGGAUUUUGGUUUCAGCCUCAGCUGGGAAUGAUGGACCUUAUGCAUCCUCUGUUCAGAAUGUUGCACCAUGGAUAAUGACUGUGGCUGCUACUGGCCUUGAUAGGCGGUUAAAGACUCUAGUUAAGUUGGGCAAUGGCAAGAAAAUUUCUGGAAAUUCAAUCAAUACCUUCACCCCCAAGAAACAGAUGUAUCCCCUUACAAGUGGAGCCCGUGCUUCCAACGUUACUUCAGACCUCUACGGAAAUGCAAGUGCUUGUGACACUGGGACUUUAAACCCUCAGAAGGUGAAGGGAAGGAUUGUGUUGUGCAAAGGGCAAAGUAAUCAGGAUCCAACUAUUAAAGACUUAAAUGGGGCAGGAACUAUUAUGACAGAAGAUGAAAUGCUUGAUUACGGUUACACCCCUAUCAUCCCAGCUACCUAUGUGCUUGUUAAUGAUGGACUUAAGAUUGAGCGGUAUAUAAACACUACCAAGAACCCUACGGCUGUAAUACAGCGGACAAGAACUGUUCAUAUGGAUGCCCCCUUCAUUGCUUCUUUCUCUUCCAGAGGACCUCAACUCAUAACCCCCAACAUCCUCAAGCCUGAUCUUGCUGCACCAGGGAUAAACAUACUAGCUGCAUAUUCGAAGCUGCCAUCUUUAACAGGUAGCCUAGAAGACAUGCGCCACUAUUCGUUCAACAUACUCUCAGGUACAUCCAUGUCUUGCCCUCAUGCAACUGCCUCAGCAGCCUAUGUCAAGUCCUUCCACCCAGACUGGUCCCCGGCUGCCAUCAAGUCGGCUCUCAUGACAACCGCCACACCAUUGAAAAUCAAACCCCUGGAAGGCGAGUUAGCCUUCGGAGCAGGACAAAUACAGCCAAUAAAGGCAGUGCAUCCUGGCCUAGUCUACGACAUUUCCAUGAACGACUACAUCAGCUUCUUGUGCAAGGAAGGCUACAACAGCACCAGCAUUGGAAAGCUUAUUGGUGGUAAAAAGAAGUACAACUGCUCAGACUUUAAACCCGCACCCGGCACCGAUGGCCUCAACUAUCCUUCAAUGUCCUACCUGGUGCGAAAUCCGAAUUCUAGCAUUUCAGCUGUUUUCCUUAGAUCGGUGAAGCAUGUAGGGUACGGUAAGUCGGUGUACAAGGCAAAGGUGACUUCGCCAAAGGGCCUUUCGAUUAGAGUCACCCCGAGUACCUUGACAUUCACUAAGAAGCAUCAGAAGCGAUCCUUCACGGUUGUGGUGAAGGGUGGCACGAUGAAAGGAAAGACAGAGAGUCUGUCUGCUCUACUAGAGUGGGAUGAUGGUAGGCAUACGGUUAGGAGCCCCAUCGUAGUCUACAGGCAUACCACAUCAUAACCUUUGCUUCUAGUACAAUCAUUUGAUAAACUUCACUAGACAAGCCUAAGGCAUUUUUCGGUUAGUUUUACCAUUUGAUCCUGUAAAUAAGCAUUUCACAAUUUUUGAUGAUUUCUCAGGAGCUUAGAGAGUGUCAGUUCACCUGUGGAAUCCCUUAUUGAUUGGCCAAUCAUGCUGACUACAUCCAGCUG